AACACGUGAUAAUGACAAGCACAACUUUCUAACGCUAUUUGACUGAAAUAAUGCUCGUUACACGAGUCCAGCCGUUCGCCUAAACUGAAACUUAAACCGGUGAAGGAAAGUGUCUAAAACGUAUUUUCCACUAUGUUAAAAUUCAGCUUCAGGAGGGAGAGAGACAAGGAGUUUAAGCAUAUAGCCCAUGGUUUGAUCCCCGCUGCCUCCAUUGCCCCAAAGCCUGCAGUUCCCCGUACCCCGCCCCCACGCAGCCCAAACCCCUCACCUGAGAGACCCAGAUCAGCCUUAGCAGCAGCCAUCUUGUCUUCUUCGCUGACUGGACAGACGUGGGCCAUCCCCCCCAUCCGGCCGAGGUCUUUCUCUGAGAGCUGCCGAUCGGAGUCCUUCAUAUCUGAACCAAACAUCAGUACAGCACUUUUCAACAGAGACAGAUGGUCAGAAGACUUGGCUAGCCGACCACGCCUCUCGUCCCCUGACCUAUCAGAGGAAGAGGAGUUGCAGGACGAGAAAGAGCAGGUGGAGAGUGAAGAUGAGAGGGAAGAACAUGUUUACCAAACUCUUGACACAGGGAAUAAUUGUCCAAACGAACCUGUCUAUUCCCUGCCACUAAAACCCAAGACUAGUACACCCCAGCUGAUUCAGAUGUCUGUCAGAAGAGAACCUUCUCCAGAGCUCCCUGAGGAAACCGUUUUCGAAUCUCCAGAAGCCAGCGUUGAUUAUUCCAAGAAGAAAGCCUCUGUCAGGAAAAGUCCAGGAAGUCGGAAAAAAGACGUUCCAUCAGCACUACCCUUCCUCACCACAGACCAAUCCAGCCAAGCCAAAAACUCUAAACCCCCCACCCAACACUCUCCACGGCCCAGCAGGGUUAGCAACAAGGGGCAGCGGGAGGCAGCGUGGGCCUCACCACAGAACAACAUGAGCAUGGUAGAAGAACAAAAGCUGCUGGAGGAGCGGCUGCAGCGGCUGGAGCUCGAGAUCAGUAACAGCCAAGCCUCGUCCAACGCAAGGUCACCUGCAGGCAGCCAUGCAGAGCUGCUGAAUCUGAGGCAACACGCUCAGGAGCUGGUGGAUGAAAAUGACGCCCUCAAGAUGACGGUUCACCGCCUGAAUGUGGAGCUGAGUCGCUACCAAACCCAGUUCAGACCGUUGUCCAAACAGGAGAGCUCCAGAAUCAGUGGCUUACCAAAGACCGGUUCCCCUCCUCCCUGGCUGCUUGACAUGAAGUACUUAUCUCCUCUGCUGCUGGCCUAUGACGACAGGAUGAAGGAGAAAGAUGCGCUUCUGCAAACCACUGAGGAGGACGUGAAGAGCUUGCGUGUUCAUAUGGAGGAGGUGAUCAAAGAAAAUGAGAGACUCCAUAAUGAAAUCACAAAGAUUGGACGGGUCAGCCAGAAGAACUGUCAUCAGAUACAACAGCAGGCCCUCCUGGUUCUGCAGGAGAACCAGGUUCUGCUGGAUCAGCUGGAGGCUCAGCACGUUAAGGCCAAGGCCAGCCACAGCAGACACCAGGCUGAAGUUUCCAAGGUGUCGAAGCAGCUGAUGUUGUUAGAGGCAGAAAAGCCGUGUUUGCAAGAGGAGCUGGAAGAGAGCAGGAGAGAGGCGCUGAAAAACGGGAGAGAGGUACAAGCUCUGCAGGGCCGCCUGAAGGAUGCCAUCACCUGGGACGAACACUGCGGCAUCGCUGGGAAACUCAGACGACAACUGGAGCAACUGGAGAGUAAGAACAAGAGGGAGAUGGACGACUUUCUUAUCAGAUGGUCCAGCCUGCAAGAGGAGAAUAGGAGUCUGGCUCUGGACAAAGCCAACCUGACGGCUGAUAUAAAGAGAAUGGAGGCCGAGCAGGAGCUCACCCAACAAGCUAACAGGAAGGCCGAGAGGAAGAUGAGUGUAUUGAAGAGACAGAAGGAAGAGUGUGUGGUGAAGGAGGAAAGGACUCGGCAUUACAUGGGAGCUAUCAUUUCUGUGGCCGAGCACAUUUCCCAGGAGAGGGACCAGCUCAUAAAGAUGGCUUCGCUUCUUCAGCAGGAAAAACAGGGAUUCGUCAGCAGGAUUCUAAAAGGCACAGUUCGAUUCGGGAAACUACAGGAAGAAGUCAAAGUGUACCGGAGCCAGGCGUCAACCAGGCUGGCAGGGUUGGAGGAGGCAGCGGAGGGAAGGACAGCUUCCUACCAGAGGGAGAUCCUUCACCUGCAGAGGCUGCUGAGAGAAAGGCAGGACGCUGAGAAGAGACUGCUGCAGUCCAAACGGGAAAUAGAGGAAGAGUUGGAGGUGGUGUGGCAGGCAGCGACCCGGGAAAACCAGCAGAUGAGGGAGACUCUUUUGGAGUCGAGGCCCUCUGCAGACCUCUACAGCAUUGCCUGGCCUUCUCCAGCUCUGGAUGAAGCCACCAAAUCCACGCAGUGUCAGGAACAAAGCUCCUCGCCUCUCCUCUUCACCUCUCAUGAAAGCCCCGGGCUCCAGAGAAGGUCCUUAUUUAAAUCUGACUCUGGUCACCAAAACAACGCCUUGGACGAGAAACAUAAACAUGGGCUGGAUUUCUAUUGCUAAAAGCCAUAAGCAAUAAGUGUUCACUCAGAUUUGCAACGUAGACUUUAUUCCUUAAAGUUGUGAAUGUGUCAAUUUAGAGACUUCUGCUUUUGUUUUGCAGAUCAAAUCUUAGUCUUACUUUUAACAAACGGACAAAUCAUAAUGAAGCUUACUUUAUAUAAUGCUCAGUUUUGACAGUGUGGCCAAAUAUACCUGACAUCACUCCACGUAGUCAGAAAGACAAAGGUUUGAUAAAGGUUUUGAAUCUAUUAGUCUUUUUAAAUUUGCCUCAGGGGUGAUAGACCAUGCCAAAUAUAUUAGAUGCAGUAUACCCAGGAGUGGAGAAAGUUGCAUCAUUCUGCUUGAUAAAGGCAGUGCUUCCUCCUGCUGGGCACGUGUGGUAAAGAUUGUCAUUUUCACUGUUACAUGGUACAUACCCAACAGGCAGCAGUGGAAAAGCUACAGGUACAUUUGUAUGUUCAAAAUAUCAAAAUGAGAUGAGUGAUUUGGAAGAGAUACGGUUGAUUGUUUUUUAGGGAUAUUCCAUGUUUCGAAAACAAUUAUUAUAAAAUAAAAGGGGGAAAAGUGUUCGAAUAAGUACAAAGAAAAGCACAUCUUUAAAUACAUGCUUGUCUUUAUUUUCAUUUCAUAACAGAAUGUUUUAACUAUCAGAUAUAUUAUGGGUAAUUUAGCUGAAUGUACUACCUGAUUUGUCAAACAAUGGGACAGAUUGUAAAACAAUUAUAGUUUUUCUCACCUUGAAGUAGUUGUGAAAUCUGUGGGCUUUUAUUGUUUGAUAGUGCUCCCUACCAAAUGCUUAUGUAACCAACCAUCAAUUAAAAGAGUGUCAUAACACAUAACCUUUUUCCUGCAGGAUAACACAGAGACCACAAUGCUGAGUACUGUCUGCAUAGAUGUACCACAAAUCCCCGCUGACGGACACAGAGCAGCGUGACGGCGGUACAGAGGUUUACACACGCAUGAUAGCUGUUAAAAGAUGAGUGUAAUGGCAGACUGAGCACCCCCCUACAAAUCAAAACGUCCAAAUGAUUGCAUUGAGAGUUCAUAAACGGGUGUUUGAUGGCUAAGUAUAACCAGCAAUUAACAUUUGUCUGUAUGUUCUUUCAUCAUCAGCAAAUAAUAGUAAUGUUUGAGGUGGCUGCUUUGUUUCUGCUCGCCAAACAUUUACAAUACAUGAAUGAAUAAUCGGAAUUUUAAAAAGAAAAACAGCAGAAAACAAAUCACACAUUGGGGUAAAACAUGAUCUUUGAAUCACCCUUGUUACACAUCUUCAAAUUCACCAGAUUUAGGUUUUGGCAAAAAAUGUACCCAACAACCCAGAUUCACACCAUGAAAGAUUUUAGGUAAAUAUUUGAACACUUUGAAGUCUUACCGGCAACUGCUUAAGGAUCAAAAACUAUUGCCAAAAAACCCUGUCAAAACACCCGUUUAUGAACUCUUUCACCCACGUGCCAUAUAAACCAAAUCUGAUUCAUUCAGUUGACUGCUAGCUGCUUUUGUGAAUGCAUUUUCCUGAAUCUCACUGUGGAGGCAUGUGAGAAAGCACAUUCAAGAAUUCAGUGUAACCGUUC